UUCUCACCCUCCCGGAAGUGCGUGGCUCUGAGUAAAUAUGGCGCACAGAGCAGUACAUGUACCAGUCGUAUGCAUCGCUUCAAUCUAUUCGUUUACUGCAUUGUGUUUGUCCAUUGUCGUCGCGUUUGCAGCAUUUGAAGUAGGACACGCCGACAAUGCGUUCAGCGCGAGCCGCACGGCUCCCGUAGCCGUCGCCGCGGCUCGGGACCUACGGUACCUUUUGUAUGACGUGAACCCCCCGGAGGGCUUCAAUCUGCGGAGAGAUGUCUAUAUCCGCAUGGCCUCCCUGGUGAAGACUUUGAGGAAGGAGGGGGAUGACUGGGUAUUGGUGCUGCCCCCAUGGGGUCGUCUCUACCACUGGCAGAGCUCCAACGUCCACCAGAUUCGCAUCCCGUGGGGGGAGUUCUUCAGUCUCACUAGCCUGCAAGCCAAUGUGCCUGUCAUUGAGUACGAGGAAUUCAUCGCUGAAAAUGGAGGCCCAUUUAUAGACCAGGUUCUGGUACUGCAAAACUACGCUGAGGGAUGGACUGAUGGGAAAUGGGAGGAAAAAGUUGAUGAGCGGCCGUGCAUCGACAAGUUGAUGUACUCCAAAGAUAAACAGGGUUACUCCAGGGGCUGGUUUUGGGGCUACGAGGAGACAAGAGCUCAAAACGUAACCUGUAUAUCAGCCCAAGGCCAUGCCUCCAUCAUGUCUCCAGUUCUUCAGAAAAAUAUCACAGUGACAUCAGUUAUGCUUGACCGAGCAGAGACACUUCUCCAUGAUCACUAUGCUGGAAAGGAUUACUGGGAUACCCGUCGCAGCAUGGUUUUUUCCAAGCACCUGAGACUUAUUGGAGAUGACUUCAGAGAAAAGUACCUGAAUUCUACAGAUGACAGAGACCAUACCAUUUACAGUGAGGAUUGGACUCGCAUGAAAGCCAAGCUAGGAUCAGCUAAAGGUGGUCCAUAUCUGGGGGUCCACUUACGCAGGAAAGACUUCAUCUGGGGUCACAGAGAGGAUGUACCAAGCCUGAAGGGGGCAGUGAAAAAAAUACGCAGCUUGAUGAAGAAGCAUAAACUCGACAAUGUGUUUGUUGCGACAGAUGCAGAUGAGGAAGAAUUAAGGGAGCUGAGAGGGCUGCUGCCAGACAUGGUGCGGUUUGAGCCGUCCAGAGAGGACCUGGAGCUCUUUAAAGAUGGAGGGGUGGCCAUCAUUGACCAGUGGAUAUGUGCCCAUGCAAGAUUCUUCAUAGGAACAUCCGUGUCUACCUUCUCUUUUCGGAUCCAUGAAGAGAGGGAGAUCUUGGGUUUUGACGCCACAGCUACAUACAAUCGUUUCUGUGGUGACACGGAAAAAGAAUGUGAACAGCCCACACACUGGAAAAUAGUUUUUUGAUGUGACCAAUCACUUUCCUGACACGCAAGUGCCGAAAGCAGUGUUGAAAGUGACACACAUAUGUUGUGUAUUCCAUACAAAUGUAUGGAAUACACAACAUAUUUUUAACUUUUUAUGGUUUCAGAGUUGUGCAAUCAGGUCUGUAGUGACCACUGUGACUGAACCUUAUGCUCAAAAGCCCAAGACUGGGCUGCCAAACAUGUAUUACUGUAUUGUUCAACAAGUAAAUAAAUUCUUUUUAUAUACAACUUUUGUUUUUCAAAGAUAACACCAAAUAUGAAGGAGCAUCCGGAAAUCAUUACCAUAGAAUGAAGACAAUACCUUUUUAUUUAAGGGUACCCUGUGGAGUUUUCUUUUUAAAAAGUGUUUCUUACCAAAAGUUCAAGUGUAAGUGUUAGCUCUAAUUAUCUUGUAAAAAAACAUUUACAAAGCUUAUUUUUGAAUUACUUUGAACCCUUCCAUAUUUUCAUUCAUGGUAUAGCCUUCUUUUUCACUGUCUUUUUUUAAACCCAUUAGUUUCUUAAUUAGCUUAAGGGUAUUGCGCCACUUCACUCUAUACAGUGUACUUGCAUAUGAGCCCUUGUGCCUUUGCACAAGAUACAAACAAUAACGGGAUCACUAAAACACUAAUCAGCAAUGCCACGAGUGGUAAAAGAAACCUCCACAAAUAAGCUUCCAGCUCACAAUGUGUUAAAAAUAGGUCCAUUAUGCUUGUACUUCCAACAUAUGUCAGCUCUUCCCCUCAUUUCAUAUUUUUAUGAAUGGUUUUAUUUGAUUAGAUUACAAUAUUAAUGUUGAAAAAGUAGAAAAUAUGACAUGCAUCAUAAAUAACUAUCAUGAUGAACUUUAAUGGUGCUCAUUUCUUUCAGCCUCUUAUUUUGUAUGUGGCAUUGACCACAGUACUGUUGUUGCUAAUGAUACUCCCAUUGAAAGGAUUUGAGAUGCCACGAAGGAGCCACAGUGUCUCGCCGACACUCGCCAGCCAUGAAGCUGUUCUGUUAUAACACACUGUUCACAUUUUGAUUAAUCUCUGUCUGGCAAGGGUCAUUGUCUCAGGACUUGCUUUGUACAGUUGUAUAGUUUUGAUGUUGAAUAAAAGGUUUUGGCAGAAGACA